AUGCUUGAUAAUAUUAUGAUGGCAAUUGGAUGGGCUGGAUCAUAAUAGAUUAUUGCCAUAUCACUAUUGAGAUAUCUUAUUUUGGUUAAUAGCAAAGCACUUUAUUUAUCAUAAUUUUUAAUUCGAUUAGCUAGCAUCCUACUAUUUUUAAUAGUAUUUUUUAAGUAAAUUGUUAAAUAAUUCUAAGUAAAAUUUAUCGUUUGAAGCAUCCUCGUCUAAAUACUCCACAUUAAUUAGGAAGACCAUUCAGAUUUUCAUUUUCUUUAGUUUUCUUUUGUAGUCUGAUGGAAUUUGUUUCAAUAGCAAUGGCAGUUCAUUCUGUAAGUUCUAUUGCCUAAUAACUAGUUGAAAUAUUAUAGUAUUGUUCACUUUGUAGCUCUAUUUACUAUUUUUUAAUCUUUCUUUAGAAGUUGGAUCAAUAAUGUGACACCAAUCACAGUUUUGGCAUCAUAUUUACUAAUGGGUUUAGGUUAUUUAUUAGAGGAUUGGAUAUAUUUUAUACAUGGAGCUUCAUUUGAUAAAAGAUUUCUAGGAAUAAAUGAAUUAUUUGAAUGGAGACCAUUAGUAAUGGUUAUAGCUGCAGCAGCUAGUAGAACUCUUGGAAUUUAUAUAUUCAAACACAUACAAUUUUAAUAGUUAUUUCAAAAUAAAGGUUUGAUAGAUAAAAUAUCAUGGGCAAAUUAUAUAAAUGAUGAACCUGAAAAAAUUCAAAAUAGUUUAGCAGCUGUAAAUGCACUAUUUAGUAGAUAUUUGGAAGCAUAAUUAAUAGUACAUUGUGAAUAAAAUUCAAUACCAAUACAUUAAUUAAAAAGUGAUGCUAUUUUAGAACUCUUAAAUAGUUAUUUCGAUAAUCAUUUAUCAUAUAGUUAUUAAUACAUGGAAUAGUUUCAUAUAUUUAAUUAUAAUAAAGAAGCUGUUGAUGAUAUAGAUGCAUAUGCAGAAAAAGAUACAUUAUUAAGAAAAAUGAUUAAGUAAAGGAUAUUCACUAUAUAAUUAUAACAUUAGUAAUUUAAAGAGUUAUUUGGUAUUGAUAAAUAUUAAAAUCUUUCAUUUGAAGUCAUUUAUUAAGACUAUGGUAUUCAUGAAUAUAUUUGGGAUGAAGAAACACCAUUUAUAACAUUGACUAUGCAAUUUUUUUAAGGAAUGUUUUGUCUAAUAGCAGCAUUUUUUAAUGAGGAAUAGUUUUCUGAUUAUUUUGCUUACGGAUAUGAUAUUGGAUUAACAUUGAGUAAAAUAGAAUAUUAUGUAUGGAUUGCUGUAUUUUUGGGAAUUUUAUAAUUGGGAAAAAUUGUGUAAAUUAUAUGUAUUAAAUUAAUUAGUGCUUAUAAAUUAAUAAUUUUAUGGGAAGUUUAAACAUACUUUUUUAGUGGUAUAUUUUUAGAACUUAGUAUCAUUUAUUUAACAAUGAUAUGGAUUGAAAGUAUCACUUAUAUAAAAGUAAUUGGUUUAAUCAUUUCAUAUAUAGUAAUGUCAAUAAGUUAUAGAUCAGCUGAAAAAGUUAGAGAUUAAAGUAAAUUAUAAUUAUAUUUAAAUAGAAAAUAAACUAUUUUAUUUAAAUUUUGUUAUUUUUUUAGUCAAAACAUAAAAAUUUUCUCAUAGGGAAGGUAGUCAUAUAAUUUCAUUGAUGACGUAAUGCUGUGAACAUUUGAAUUUAAAUGAAUUCUUGAAAGUAUUAUCUUAAAUGUUGUGUAUUCAUGGAAUAGUAAGUUGUGAAUAAUUAAGACAUAUGAAAUUUAGUCAUUUUGGAGAAAGUCAACUUUUUAAAUUUUAGAUUCCUUUUAUUUUUUAAUCUUAAUUACGUUAUGAAAACAAUAUUGAAAACGAUACAUUAAUACAAGAAGAGGGUGAAAUUGAAUAGAUGUAGAAGUCUUAAUUCACUCGUUAUGUUAUUGAAAGCAAAUAUUAAGAGAAUAAAUCAGAUAUAAAAUAAUCAAAAAUUGCUGGUAAUUCAAGAAUUUAAGUUAAAUCUGAAAUUUAACCUUAAUAUUCUAAAAUUAUGUCUGAUCGAAAAUUAUCUGCAUCAGCAUAAAAAUCAAAAAGACCAUCAAUAAUAAAUUGA